AGUUUUCAGGUGUUCAAUGUUUAAAUUUCAAUUCAACUGAUUCAUAUGUAACAUACUGUAAUAUUCUGUCCACAAUGCAAUACGCAUAUACAAAAUCUUGUCGUAAUAUUUUCAUAUUUUUUAUAUUUUUGAAAAUAAUUUUGCUGGGAAGUUUUGCUACUGCCCAAACAAAUCAAAAUAUCAAUGUGUUUUUCAUAAACGAUGCUGACAACGAACCGGCAAGCAAAGCAGUUACAGUAGUGUCUACGUACCUUAAGAAAAAUCCCAGUUAUGGUAUCUCAAUUCAAGUUGACCAAGUCGAAGCAAAUAAAACCGAUGCUAAAACACUUUUGGAGUCAAUUUGUUCGAAAUACGCGGAAAGCAUUGACCGUAAGCAACCGCCACAUGUCGUAUUCGAUGCUACAAAAUCGGGAAUAGCCUCGGAGACAGUCAAGUCUUUUACGCAGGCUCUCGGCCUGCCGACCAUAAGUGCCUCAUACGGACAGGAGGGCGAUUUGCGUCAAUGGCGGGAUAUAGAUGAGAAUAAACAAAAAUAUUUACUGCAAGUAAUGCCGCCGGCGGAUCUUAUACCCGAAGUUGUACGCAGCAUUGUGCGUAAAAUGAAUAUAACAAAUGCAGCCAUUCUAUAUGAUGAUACGUUCGUCAUGGAUCACAAAUACAAGUCAUUGCUGCAAAAUAUACAAACCCGACAUGUCAUUACAGGCAUUGCUAAGGAGGGGAAGCGAGAACGUGAAGAGCAAAUUGAGAAGUUGCGUAACUUGGAUAUAAAUAAUUUCUUCAUAUUGGGUAAUCUCAUGUCCAUACGUAUGGUUUUAGAAUCGGUAAAACCGUCAUAUUUCGAACGCAACUUUGCUUGGCACGCCAUAACUCAGAGCGAGGGCGAAGUGAGCAGUCAACGGGAUAACGCCACCAUAAUGUUCUUGAAACCAAUGUCAUAUGCGCAAAAUCGUGAUCGCUUUGGACGUCUUAAGACCACUUUUAACCUGAACGAAGAGCCGCAGAUAAUGUCAGCUUUCUAUUUUGAUUUGGCCCUUCGCACAUUUUUGGCCAUCAAGGAUAUGCUGCAAUCGGGUGCAUGGCCGAAAAACAUGCAGUAUAUUGGUUGCGAUGAAUUCCAAGGUGGUAAUACUCCCGAGCGUAACAUUGACCUCAGAUCUGCUUUCUCUAUGAUUCAGGAGCCCACCUCUUAUGGUCUAUUCGAAUUAGUUACGCAGCCGGGCAAACCAUUUAACGGUUAUAGCUAUAUGAAGUUUGAAAUGGACAUUAAUGUGCUCCAAAUCCGUGGUGGCAACUCUGUGAACACAAAGUCCAUAGGAACUUGGACCGCCGGUUUGGACUCUCCGUUGGUUGUUAAGGAUGAGGAAAUAAUGAAAAAUCUUACCGCUGAUACCGUCUAUCGCAUCUUCACUGUUGUUCAAGCUCCAUUUAUUAUUAAAGACGACAAAGCACCGAAGGGAUAUAAAGGUUAUUGCAUAGAUUUGAUCAACGAGAUAGCAGAUAUAGUUCAUUUUGACUAUACAAUACAAGAAGUCGAAGAUGGUAAGUUUGGCAACAUGGAUGAGAAGGGGGAAUGGAAUGGAAUUGUGAAAAAGUUAAUGGAUAAACAGGCGGAUAUUGGCUUGGGCUCUAUGCAUGUAAUGGCUGAGCGUGAAAUAGUUAUUGACUUUACGGUGCCCUACUAUGAUCUCGUCGGCAUCACAAUAAUGAUGCAGCGGCCACAAGUCCCCAGCUCUUUGUUUAAAUUUUUAACGGUACUCGAAACGAAUGUAUGGCUGUGCAUUUUAGCUGCUUACUUCUUUACUAGUUUUUUGAUGUGGAUCUUUGAUCGCUGGAGCCCCUAUAGCUACCAGAACAAUCGUGAAAAGUAUAAGGAUGACGAUGAGAAAAGAGAGUUUAACCUAAAGGAGUGUCUUUGGUUUUGUAUGACUUCUCUGACACCUCAAGGUGGCGGUGAAGCACCGAAAAAUCUUUCCGGCCGCUUGGUGGCAGCCACAUGGUGGCUCUUCGGUUUCAUCAUUAUUGCAUCGUACACUGCCAACUUGGCUGCCUUUUUAACUGUAUCUCGUCUGGACACACCUGUAGAGUCUUUGGAUGACCUCGCUAAGCAAUAUAAGAUUUUAUAUGCACCACUCAAUGGUUCCUCAGCAAUGACAUAUUUCCAGAGAAUGGCUAAUAUCGAGCAGCGAUUUUAUGAGAUUUGGAAGGACUUAUCUUUAAAUGAUUCACUCACACCAUUGGAGCGAUCAAAACUAGCUGUCUGGGAUUACCCGGUCAGUGAUAAGUACACGAAAAUGUGGCAAGCCAUGCAGGAAGCUCAGUUACCAGCAACUCUAGAAGAAGCAGUUGAACGAGUUCGAAACUCAACGUCAGCGACUGGAUUUGCCUUUCUUGGUGAUGCUACGGACAUUCGUUACUUGGUUAUGACAAACUGUGAUUUGCAGAUUGUUGGUGAAGAGUUCUCACGCAAACCCUAUGCCAUUGCCGUCCAACAGGGCUCACAUCUCAAGGAUCAAUUCAAUAAUGCAAUUCUGACCCUUCUCAACAAAAGGCAAUUGGAAAAACUAAAGGAGAAAUGGUGGAAGAAUGAUGAAACUCAAGCCAAAUGCGAUAAACCUGAAGAUCAAUCCGACGGCAUAUCUAUACAUAAUAUUGGCGGAGUUUUUAUUGUUAUAUUUGUUGGAAUCGGUAUGGCGUGCAUUACAUUGGUAUUUGAGUAUUGGUGGUACAAAUAUCGCAAGAAUCCACGCAUUGUUGAUGUAAUUGAAGCAAACUCUGGAGUGAAAGAUGGCAAGGUAGAUAGUGUUAUUCUGGGUCAGGCGGGCAAGGAAUAUGGCAAGAGUGGUAAUACCGUGUUGAGGCCUCGAUUCCAUCAGUAUCCCACAACAUUUAAACCUCGAUUUUAAAUUCUGUCCAAUUGAAGACGUUAAAAGAAAUGGACUGUAUCAUAUUUAAUCACAAUUAAUUUUUGCACUACAGGUGCUAUAAAACAUCUACAUACUUACAUAAGUAGGUAUGUGGAAAUAGGUAUAUAUUUUUGCUUUGGUUCUAAAACUGCACGCACCUUUUUUAAAUCUCGAUGGUGUUUUAAAUGAUGUUCACGAAUAAAAGUACGAAUGAAAACGUAUAUCAAUGCGAAUUAAUUAAAAUCUAAAAGUGAUUGGAAAAGUUUUCGAAGUAAGGCGAACAUAUGUUCCUUCUGCGUGCCAGGAUUAAAUUAAAAAAAAAAACUCAUUAGAGAAGUUGAACUCUUCAGACCUUUUUACUUUGUUCUUAAAAUUACUUUCCAUAAAUUCAGUGCAUAUGUAUUCAUUAUUCGAAAUUUCAAAAAUUUUUAUGUUUGUAAACGAAUGUGAGCUUUCAUUUCUUGCCGUACCUUUCUUACUGCAGUGAAGUUCAUGAUUUGGAACAAGUUAUACAGAUUUCACCUGGUGUACAUGUCCAAAUAAGCCACUUCCUUUGCAGAUAACUUUUAUUGCAGCAACACCCAGUACGUAACGAUUAGCAGAUAAGGCAUUUUAAUCUUAUAUGCAUACAUACGCUGUUGAUUUACGCAUGCGAAUAAGAUGUAUGUACAUAUAUAGUAUAUUAGUAUCAUAUAUUUUUCCGGCAAGUGUAUAUGAAAAGUAAAU